AAUAUAUUAUUUAUUGUAUUAAAUUAACAAUUCUUUAAAUAAAUUUAAAUUUAUUUAAAAAAAAAAUAUUUCUUCUAGUUAAAAUACACAGAAAAAUAUGACGUGGGAACCAAAUCGAACAAUUAUAGGAAAAAAUAUGAAUGUUAAAUCUAAUAUGUAUGCUGAAUAUAAUAAUUUGAUUAAAGAACUUGAGCAAUACAUGCCACAGUUUAAAGCUUCAAUGAAAGAUUUACAAGAACCAUCACAAACUUUUGUUACAAAUUUUUACACGGAUGUAUUCAGUGAAUUUUUCUGUGAUGUUAACAAUUUAACAGAGAUUCAAGUUACUCAAAAUCUUACAUAUAAUGAAAUGUAUGGUGAAACAGUACCUAUUUUAAAUAUGUGUAUAGCUUUGCGAUACAUAUAUUCAAAAUUAGGAAUUGAUGAUUUUGGUUUGAAUGACAUUUGUGAUCCAAGUCCAAAAAGAACUUAUCGUCUAUUGCAAACUAUGAUCAAUUUUAUCAAAUACAGUGAUGAAAAAAUUAGUGAAGCUGAUGCCCAAAUGAAAGCUGUUAGAAACAUGAAAGAAAAAAUUGAUAAUUUGAGAAAACAAAAAGAUAAUCUUAAAGAAACAAUAAACCAGAAGUCAUUACAUCGUAAACAACGAGGAACUGAAAUAAAAUCUGUUGCUGACGAAGGAAAAAAUGCUAGAAUUGAAUUAAUGGAUAUCCAAAAAAGUAAAGAAGAAAUAUUAAAGGAAUUAGAUAAAGUAAAACAGGAACAAGAAUCUGUUGAAAAACAAUGUUCCUUAUUAAGUGAACAAAGAGAUAAUAUAAUAAGAGAUAUAAAUUCAUUGAGAAAUCAAAUAGUAGAAGCGCCUGAUCUUCUUAAAGCUGAUCUUGAGAGGUUAAAAAGAAUGAAAAAUGAAGUAACUGAAAAAAAAACUGCUAUGAUGGGUCAAGUUAGUGCUAAAAAACAAACAGUAAUUACUUUAGAACAAGAAUUAUCUGCUCAAGAAAAAAGAUUACGUUUAUUAACAGAUAUCACUGAAAAAAAUGAUAGACUUCUAAAAAUAAAUCAGGAAAUUGAAACUAUGCUUCAAGAAAAAAGCGAAUCACUGGAAUUGUCUGAAGAUUUAAAAGAAAAAAUAGACUUUGCAGAACAUGAACGUGCUAAUAUUAAUAAUAAAAUAACAAAUAUUCUAAAAGAUAUGGAAUUUGAAAGAAAUGCCAUGAAAUCCAAAUACGAUUUAUUAGAAAAGGAACUAGAGGAAAAAAUAAAAUAUAAAAAUAAUCAUUAUGAAAGCAUUAAGUUGUUAGAAAAUGAAAUAAGUAGAUGCUCUUUACAAAGAAAACAACUUGAAGAAGAUGUUCAAAUUAUCAUGCAAAGCUUUGAAACUACCAAACAUUUUCUUUUAACACAACAAAAUGAAUACACACAAGAAAUUUUUCGCCAAUUACAAAAGAUGAGUGAUGUUCCGUGUAAUACAUAUUAAUUAAUAGAUUUUAUUUUCAAACUACUAAACAAAAUAAGGAAAUAACACAUUUUACUCAAAAUGAGAAUAAGUUUGAGAUAUUUUUAUUGUUAAAUUAUAUGACAAAUAAUAUUUAAUUAUUAUGAAUUAUUUGAUUGAUUUUUUUUUCUACUUACUAAUUUAUUUGUUUAAGUUAUUUAAUACUAAUAAAAUAAGGUUUGCUUAUAUAUUUGGUGUAUCAACAAAUUUAAUUUUAAAAUAAAUUUUUAAUUAUCUUA